AUGGGCGCCGAGAACUCGAAACCCGCUAGCGAUGUCUCGCAGCACGUCUUCUCCUCAGACACCCCCGUCCGAUUCUCCAAUGGCUUAGUCGAUUCGCUGCAGAAGAAUACACAGACCGACUCUACCAGAUCCAAACAGCAAGAACUCCAGUACCAGCAACGCCUUACCCAGGAACUCGAGAAGCUGCGCGAAAAGGAGGCCCAGAAUCUCUCCGAACUCUCCAAAACCCUCGAUCACGAACACCCUACCGAGCCCACCUCGCUCACCGACAAGCUCUCGGACGUCACUGAGAAGAUUAGCGAUGCUACGUCAAGCUCCUCUACUCUCGCCGAAAAGCGCAAGAAGCAAGAGAUGAGCAACUCCAGCGUCACCAAGGAGAUCGAGGCUUUGAAACAGAAGCUCGAGAUGCGGAAAAAGCUGGAGGAAGCAGAUCCACAGGUGAACAAGGCGAAGGAAGAUGUUGUCGCGUGCUUGCGGCUGCACGACCGACGGCCGCUUGAUUGCUGGAAAGAGGUCGAGAUCUUCAAGAGGGAAGUAGGGCGACUGGAGAGGGACUUUGUGGAGAAGACGAUAAGAUAA